UGCGGUAACACAGACUAUGUACCGUGGUUAUGACCUUGAGUCGCCGCGCCCGGAGGUGUUGUGACGGUAUUAUCUCACGAUGGGACGUACUUAUCAGCUCGCCCGUCUGAUCGCAGUUGUCUUGUAAACAACGCCAAGCUUUGACGGUGUAAAAAUACACCGCGCAAAAAUAUGUGCAUGGCCCAGCAAAACGACUGGCGAGUACUUGCGCUGCUGAUAACGACGACUUCCCAUCCUCCGGCCACGACCCUUUGCUGACUGUGACUACGGCGGUCAAUGUCAACGUAACCGACCACGUAUACACAACAUUCAUGGAACUGACCAACAAAAUGUGCCGGCUGUGCCUGGCUGUCACCGAAUGGCCCAUCAGCGUAUUCGACGAACUGUCCGGCAAAAUCGCCCAAUGCUUGCAAAUCCGUAUAUCCCGCACCGACCAUCUGCCCAAGCACGUGUGCGUCAAGUGCAAAGACACCGUCAAUGAAUUUCACGCGUACUACUCUAACACCCUCGUAUGUCAGAAGCAACUCGAUCAGCUGCUGAUGCCGAUGGUUGACGUCCAACAAAAUAAUAUGGUAAGUGAUACGCUGUACACGUACAUGACCACCUUCACCUACCUCCCUGGGUAACGGGACCCCUAGUACCUAACAAGUGAUUUAUUUAUUACAUCCGGUUGCAGCUAUCCAAUGAUAAUUGCUGCCAACAAUUCCCAAUUAAAAAAUGUUUACAGUUAAAUAAUUUAUUAUUUUCUAAUACCUCGUAGCACUAUAACAGCUAUCGCAAAUGUGUUGUGAAUAAUCGAUAAUAAUGUAUUUUAAAACCACUUAAAUACCCAUUACUCCAAAUUAAGGUUAUUGAAUAUUAGGUGGCUGUUCAGCACAAAUACUAAAUUAUCUGUCUAUUUACAAAAAAUAAAAUUUAGCUUUUGUUAAAAUCUUGCUGUAUUCAAUUUAAAUGGUGAUGACAGAGUUAGUGCAAGUUAAAUUGAGCCCUAAUACUUAAUUAAAUGUUUUAUCAACAUGCUAUAAUAAAUAAUUUUAUAAUAAUUAUUUCAACCAAGUAUAAAUUAUGAAUAUAAUAAUUCAAUCUUAAAUUUGAUUUUUUAAUCAAUCGCACUUUCCAAUCGAAUAAAUAAUUGUUAUUAUACAGUUAUACAAUUAAUUUAGUCAAUACAAUUCAACAUACUUAUCUUUUAAAUUUUGAGUAGGAGACUAACACUAUCUAAACGAUUUAAAAAUCUGAAGUGUUUUGAUAAAAUUAAACAGUUCAAUUUACAAAAUAUUUUUAACUAAAUAAAUUGUAAUGCUAAUUCAAUUGUUAGUUCAAGAAAAUGUUCAAAUGAUAUUAUUUCAUUUGUUAUUAAUAGGCUUCCACUAGUUUUGAACCAGUGGUCACCAUUAAUUAUGACCAAAACACAGAAUAUAAAUCGGAAUAUCAUGAACCAGAAAGUUGGUCUGAAAGCAAUCAAUCAGAAGUUGAUACUAAAGACACUGUAAAAAUGCAUAAGUAAGUUAUUUAAGUAAUUUAAAAUUAGAUUAUAAGUUGUUUCGCGUUAUGUAGGUACUUAUAAUUUAUAGUUCUUGUAAUAAUCAGAAAUAUACAAAAAUUCCAGUAAAUAUUAAUAUUAUGUACUUGUUUAGUAAUAAUUAUUGAAUAUUCCCUCUAUAUUAUGGGUAGAAUAUCAUUACAUUAUCAUCACUCAUCAUUAUAUGUUUUAAUUACCAUAAUAUUUUUUAUGUUUUACCCACAGACACAAAACCAAUGAAAUCGAUGAUCAAAAUACAGAGAGGAAUAAAACACCUCGCAAGAUAAAAAUUAAACUUUUUAAGUGUACAAAAUGCGAAGAAUCUUUUAACACUAAACAUGCAUUAAAAGAGCAUAAAAACGAUGUACAUCCUCACACCACAUACAAGUGCAAUUGUUGUGAUAAAACUUUUGAUACAAUGUGUGCGCGUCAAAAACACAAAAAGGAAGAACAUCCUAGUAUCACUUAUUCGUGUGACACGUGUGACUAUCGCACACCAUAUAAAAGCCGUAUGCAAUAUCACGAAAAUAGACAUAAAAAAGUGUACAGUGUAUUCUGCGAUACUUGUCAAGCAGGUUUUUUUAACAAAGAUGAAUUGGCUACACAUGAAAUAAAAAACCACGGUGCUGAACCAUACCAAUGUGAUCGUUGUAGCAAAUUGUGUACGUCCAAAACUAAUUUGUAUAGCCAUAUGAAAGUUCAUACCACGUCUACUGAAUCUGUUAGUUAUCAGUGUGAAACCUGUGGAAAAGCAUUCAGGCGCAUAGGCAGCUACAGACGACAUAUACAGUCACAUUUAGGUCUAAAAUACGAGUGUUCGUACUGCAAUAAACUAUUAAGUUCAGCGCACCAUCUUAAACUUCACGUUCGUAUACAUACUGGUGAAAAAAAUCACGUUUGUGAAAUGUGUGGUAAAGCGUUUACAGUUAGCAAAUACUUAGUUGAACAUAAGAGAAUACAUACAGGUGAGCGACCAUUCAAAUGUGAUCUGUGUUCAAAAGGUUUUACUCAAAAAACAUCAUUACGGAUACAUACCAGAUGGCAUACAGGAGAUAGACCAUAUAAAUGUGAUGUUUGUGACGAUAGAUUUGUGAUCAACACAUUCUUACAAAGACAUAUUAAAAAACAUCAUCCACCCUUAUCUAAUCUCGUAGAACCUGUACAAAAUCCUAAUUCACUUCAAACUUUAUGAGAUUUGAUUUAAGAUUAGGGUAUAAAUUUGCUUCUAAUUAUAAUUAUUUUUUCUUUAUCGUUAAUACAUACUUAAACAUGUAUUUUUAAAUUAAUAUACCAUUUUCAUAUUAUGUAGAAUAAUGAGCCUGUUUUUUCAAGAUGAAAACAAACUUUUCUUAAAAUCAAUGAACCUCAAUCAAACAUUAUAAAAAUUGUAAUGCAUUUGUUAUUUGGAAGCAUAACUUUAUAAUUUUAUGACAAAAGUUGAUAAUAUGUGAAUUUUACAAUAUUUAUAUCAAGCGCAUUCUCAAAAUAAGUGUGCAUUUGUAUUUCAUGCUUCCACUUAAUUGGUCUGAUUUUUGAUACUUCUUGUGUACCUAGUAUUAGGUACUUAAUUCAGAUAAAUUUGCAAUUUUCAAUUUUGUUUUGGUUUGAAAAUCUAUCAGUUUGUAACAUCACUAAUCAAAUAUUAUAAUAAUAUAUAUUAUAUACACAAUGUUAAAUAAUUUUAUGUUUAAGACUUGAUUAUCUUUCAACAAUCUUUAUUAUAUAUAUUUUUUCAAAUAAAAGCAUACAUAUAUAUAUUAUAUUUAAGUUAGUUAUGUUAUAAUAGAAUUUACAAUUAAAUUAGGUCAACAGAUAUUGACAAAGAAUUAUUAUUGUUUGUUUUUGUAUAUUAUUUAUUAAAAGUGCCUAUAUCACAUACAUAUUAUAUUUAUAAAUAAGUUGGUGGGAUAAAUUACAUCAAUUUAUUAUGACGCAAUGAACCUAU